CCGCCAGCUGGCACUGCGGCAGCGCCAGUCGCCUUCCUCGGGUCGUCUGUGCACAGCUGGAAGGAGAGAUGUUCACGGUACUGACCCGCCAACCUUGUGAGCAAGCAGGCCUCAAGGCCCUCUCCCGAAUUUCAGCCAUCAUCACCUUGGUGGUCUUGCUUUUGAGCAUUGUGGUGCUUGUAGCUGUCACACUCAUCCAGAUUCACCAGAAAGAGGUUCUCCUUCCAGGACUGAAGUAUGGAAUCGUGCUCGAUGCCGGGUCUUCCAGAACCACAGUCUACGUGUAUCAAUGGCCAGCAGAGAAGGAGAAUAAUACUGGAGUAGUCAGUCAAACCUUCAAAUGUAGCGUGAAAGGCUCUGGGAUCUCCAGCUAUGGGGAAAACCCUCAAGAUGCCCCCAAAGCCUUUGAGGACUGCAUGCAAGAAGUCAAGGGGCACAUUCCAGCCCACCUCCAUGGAUCCACCUGCAUUUACCUGGGGGCCACAGCUGGGAUGCGCUUGCUGAGGUUGCAAAACGGAACAGCAGCUAAUGAAGUCCUUGCGAGCAUCCAAAACUACUUCGAGUCUCAGCCCUUUGAUUUUAGGGAUGCUCAAAUCAUUUCUGGGCAAGAGGAAGGGAUUUAUGGAUGGAUUACAGCCAACUAUUUAAUGGGAAAUUUCCUGGAGAAGAGCCUGUGGCAUAUAUGGGUGCAUCCGAACGGAAAGGAGACCACAGGUGCCCUGGAUUUAGGCGGUGCCUCCACCCAAAUAUCCUUCGCGGUAGAAGAGAACGUGGGGCUGAACACCAGUGACAUCGUGAAGGUGUCCCUGUAUGGCUAUGAGUACACACUCUACACGCAUAGCUUCCAGUGUUAUGGCCGGAAUGAGGCUGAGAAGAGGUUUCUGGCAAUUCUCCUUCAGAAUUAUACCACUGAAACCACAUUUGCCAACCCCUGUUACCCUCGGAAUUACAACACCACCUUCACUGAGGCACAUGUGUUUGGCAGCCUGUGUACAGAGGACCUGAGACCUGAAAGUUAUGAUCCCAACAACAUCAUCACUUUUGAAGGAACCGGGGACCCAUCACUAUGUAGGGAAAAGGUGGCUUCCCUAUUUAACUUCAGUGCUUGCCAUGACCGAGAAGUCUGUUCCUUCAAUGGUGUAUAUCAGCCAAAAGUUAAAAGGUCAUUUCUGGCUUUUGCAGGAUUCUACUACACAGCCAGUGCUUUCAACCUUUCGGGUAGUUUUUCCCUGCACACCUUCAACUCAAGCACCUGGAAUUUCUGCUCACAGAAUUGGGGUAAGCUCCCACUGCUGCUCCCCCGGUUUGAUGAGGAGUACGCUCGCUCCUACUGCUUCUCAGCCCAUUAUAUCUACCACUUGCUUGUAAAUGGAUACAAAUUCACCGAGAACACCUGGCCCCAAAUACAUUUUAAAAAAGAGGUGGGGAACAGCAGCAUAGCCUGGUCUCUUGGCUACAUGCUCAGCCUGACCAACCAGAUCCCAGCCGAAAGCCCCCUGAUUCGCCUGCCCAUCAAGCCGUCUGCCUUUAUGGGCACCCUCACCUUCUUCACAGCAGUGGCCUUGCUGUGUCUGACAUAUCUUGUGUACCUGUGUGUGUCAUCCAGGAACCAGAGGCGCUCCCAGCAUGCCUUGGACAACACAGUGGACUCUGAGUGAGCCUCACAAUGUGGCUCCUGGAGCCUGAGGGCUGCCCAUAACCAGCCUGGGGGGCACCAAACAAUGCAAGCAAAAUGUCCAUCUUCAGGAAACACAGCUAAAGUCCAAUGCCUGUGUGCCUCUCAGAUACUGAUUUAUGCCAAAGCACCUCUUGGGGAGUCUCUCAACUGUUCUGUGUACAUUGCUCCUCUAAAGACCCCACCACCCACUAGCUGACCUAUUGGGGAACAGAGGAGAGACAGGCCAUCAAGGUCAGGCUCUUUCAUCCAAGUGCCCCAGAGGAAGAGUAAGUUGAGAAUAUGACAGUUUAAUGUUGAAGAAUAUGCCAGUUUAACGUUGAAGAAUUGACCUCAGGGCUCAGUUUGCAUUUUCCCUCCUUCAAAAAUGCCGUAUUUCUCCCAGAGAGUUUGGAAGCUGUCAGGUGUCUAGUAAAGCAUCUGGCCCCGUCAGAUAUCUCAUUUUAUGGCUUCCUCUCAUUGGUCCUUAACUAAGACUUUCCUUAACAACCCCCAAAACAUUGAGCUCCCUCAGACUGGGAGAACAUGGUAUCUGGGGGAAAAGCCUCCUUUACCCCAAGGACAGUGGCCCCAGCCAAGUUUCUGUCAUGUAGGCAGAACCUGAAGGACAGAGACACGCACAAUGUCUACCAGAAAACGACAAGCCGUUCCUGAAGUGGGAUUCCCACUCAGGGCUCUGCUCGUUAGAUCGCCACCUGUGUGUGUACCAUCCUCCUUGCCUCCCCUUCCCAUUGCUGUGUCCCCCUGUAAACGUUUAUUCCUAGCAAGGCUAUCAUGUUCCAGAUCAUUCUGCCUUUGCUAGGCUUUUGCUUAUGGUUGGCUUUCCAUCGUUAGCACCAUAUGCAUUUCACCCACCAUUCCGACAGGUGCACCUGAUGUUGUCACAAGACAUCCUCUUCUAUGAUUUGCUUACCAAUUAUCAGUACUUUCCUAGAUGGUAGGCCUCUGCAUAGUAGCCACAGUUCUUGACUUUGGGAAAAGAAAAGGAAGAUACGGGGACAUUUAACUCCAAAGUGGGAUGGGAAAGAACUCUAGCAAGUCCAAUGGCUACAAAUUAAAAAUAAACAUUCUUUCAGAUUAUAGUUUGUUCGCUGAAUACAGAAUAAAUGACUCUUAUUUUAUUGUGA